CCCUCCUCCUAGCCGGCCGGCACCUGCCGGGAGAGCCGAGGAGGGAAGCCGAGCCGGGCCGAGCAGGAUGCCAGACGGAGCCCCGCAGCCUCAGCAGCCACCGCGUCGCCAGCUUCAAGGCCGGGUCUUGAUCCUGACGGUCUGUGCUGCUGGAAUUGGGGGCACAUUCCAAUAUGGAUACAACCUCACCAUCAUCAAUGCCCCAACCACAUACAUCCAGAGCUUCACAAAUGAGACGUGGCUGGAGCGGACGGGCAGCCCUCUGGAGGAGAAGGUGAUCACCCUGAUCUGGUCCUUUGUGGUCUCCAUCUAUCCUUUGGGGGGGCUCGUGGGAGCCCUCCUCGCGGGCCCCAUGGCCAUUAAGCUGGGAAGGAAGAAAUCUUUGCUGCUGAACAACUUGUUUGUGGUCUUGGCUGCGGUGCUGGUGGGAUUCAGCCAAAUGGCCAAAUCCUUUGAAAUGAUCUUGCUGAGCAGAUUUCUUACAGGAAUCAAUUCUGGUGUGGGCAUGAACAUCCAGCCCAUGUACCUGGGAGAAAGCGCCCCCAAGGAGCUCCGUGGAGCCGUUGCCCUGACGUCUGCAUCCUUCACGGCCCUGGGGUUGGUGAUGGGACAGGUGGUUGGACUGAGAGAAAUUUUAGGAGCGGAGGAAAACUGGCCUCUCCUCCUGGCCAGCAAUGCAGUGCCUGCUCUGAUCCAGCUGGUCUUGCUGCCCUGGGCCCCGGAAAGCCCCCGGUACCUAUUGAUCGACCGAGGAGAUGAGGAAUCUUGCAUCUGUGCUUUGCAGAAGCUGCGGGGAAGCAACGACCUGGGCGGGGAGAUGAAGGAGCUGCUGGCCGAGCAGGCGGCCCUCCGAGGGGUGACAGCCAAGGCCCCCUGGGAGCUCUUUGGGGAUCCGGCCGUGCGGUGGCAGCUGAUCACCAUCAUCGUCCUCACUAGCGCCAUGCAGCUCUGCGGUAACGACUCUAUGUACUCCUAUGCCUCCAACGUUUUCCAAGAGGCUGGAAUCCCUUACGACAAGAUCCAGUACAGCAUAAUCGGCACCGGCAGCUGCGAGCUGAUCACCGCCAUGACUUGUAAUCUGAUCAUUGAGCAUGUCGGACGAAGGAAGCUGGUGAUGGGCGGAUACAGUCUCAUGUCUGUGUGGGCCAUUGUCUUCAUGGUGGCCCUGUCUCUGCAGGACCAAUACAGAUGGAUGCCUUACCUCAGCAUGUCCUGCAUCUUCGCCUACAUCCUGAGCUUUGGAAUUGGGCCAGCCGGCGUGACGGUGAUUAUGCCCAUGGAGAUUUUCGACCAGGUAUCUCGCCCAGCUGCUUGCAUGAUCUGUGGUUCUCUGCUGUGGGCCAACUUGUUCGUGGUGGGCAUGGUGUUUCCUUUCCUUGUGGAAGGCCUUGGCCAUUACUGCUACGUCCCCUUCUUCACCGUCUGCGUCUCUGCCACUCUCUAUGUCGCUUUCUUCCUCCCCGAGACCAAAGGGAAAUCCUUUCUGGAAAUCUCGGAGGAAUUCAACAAGCGGAACUUCAAAGCGCAGACUCGUGAGGAAUCCAGGAGCCUUUCCGAGGAAACAAAGUCCACCAUGUUGUAGCCCCCCAAAGGAUGGAGGAGAACGGCAGGGACACGGGGAGGGAAAGUUGGUUUUGUGUCACCAGGCAGAUCUAUCCCUCUCUUCCCCCACCCCAAAA